AGCUGUUCUUUCUAGUAUCGUAAUAAUAAUAUAGUUUAUAAUAGUGAUAUAAUAACUCAAACAAUUGGUAAAAUAAAAACAAUUGGACACAUCAUAGAUAUUUACCGCAAAUCAUUGCCAAAAAGCACUGAAAACAUGUUCUUAUAAACCAAAGGAAUUAAGGUUCAAUGUCGUACUUCCUUUUUGGCUAAUUACCUGAAUAAUCUGAAUUUAAAUGAGAACAUUUGUUAGGAUUUAAAGUAAAGCAAAAGUGUAAAAAAUAUGUCGUAUUAGUUUAAAAAAAAAAAGACAAUAUGAAAAAUGUACAUGGAAAAAAGUGCGUUGCAAGCGAUUGCAUUGGACGCAAGAAAGGUGAAGAAAUUCGAUUCUUUACUUUUCCAAAGGAUGCCAAUCUUCGAAAAAAGUGGUGCGAAAAUUUAGGAAUUAGUGAGAAAUCCGUAAGAAGUAAUUUUAGGGUGUGUAGUCGGCACUUCGAGCUCCAUCUCGUAGGAUCAAAGAAAUUGAACAAAUAUGCAAUCCCAACGGUGGGUCUAGGUUCAACGGGACGUGUGGUUCACAGAAGCACCGAUCCAAUUUGGUCUGGGAGGAUGUGCGCUGCGAAAGGAUGCGCAGUAAAUAGAAGACAUGAGUUGACUAAACAUUAUAAAUUAUUUCAAGUCCCUCGAGAUGACACUGGGAAAUGGUGGGCAGAAGUCUUAGGUUUUGAGUUGACAAGGAAGGUUAUGUUCGUAUGCGAAAGACAUUUUGCCAAACACGACGUGGGAAAAUUAAGGCUGUAUAAAGGGGCUAUCCCAAAAAGCGAUACGCCUCAGACUGUGAUCGUAAAAGAAGACGUAAGCGAUACAGGUUCUGAGACAAAAAGCGCUUUUGAAUUUGAUAACGUUAGCAACGAGAACCUAAAUAAAAGUAACUUGGAUAUGAUAAUGGAUGAAAGUACAGAAACUGCUUUGACUGUGCUCCCAGUAGAGAGAACUUAUGAACGCAGGGAACUAGCGGAAUAUAUUAUCCCAGAACAACUUGAAGAAUUCGGCGGCCUUAAAAGAAGGGGGCUAUGUUUCGGGCCAGCCCAAUGCAGUGUUGAAUGCCGUAGAGCCUUUGAAGAAAAAGAAAAAAUGAGUAGAGCCAGAGAAUUUAAACUUUUUGAAGAAAAUCAAGAAUUGAAGGAAAGAAUUAAAAUAUUAGAAGAACAAUUACAGAAAUAUCAAUAUAGUGGUACUAGUACAGAUUUUUCCAUGGACUUAUUUUCUUAAGCAUACUUUAUUUUACAUUUUUUUUUUUGCUGAAUAAUACUUGUACAAAUAUAUAUCCAUUUAGAAGCAAAAAGUCUCCUUUCCAAUUGAA